AUGACAGCCCCCCAAGACCAACAACAACAACCCUCCUAUGAGCCCCUAUCGACACCAACCUCGACCUCACUGCCCCAUGGCAACGAGCACAUCGCCCUGAUCGGCGUGGGCGCCAUCGGCAUCUCCUUCCUGGCGCUGCACCUGACCUACACGGCAGCGCGGGUGUCGGUGUUCGACCCGCGCCCGGAUCUGCAGGAGCACGUCGCCGCCAUGCUGCCCUUGUAUCUCCCGUCGUCGUCGGAUUCCCCGUCUCAUGCUCUCUCGUCGUCGUCGUCGUCGUCGUCGGUCACGCAGCUCGCCGCGUCCGGCCGGUUGCGGUUCUGCUCCACGCUGCGCGACGCAGUGCAGCACGCCACCAUCGUCCAGGAACAGGGUCCCGAGAACGUGCUGUUCAAGCAGCGCACCUGGUCCGAGGUGCUGCGCCACGUGAGUCCCCACACGCACCUGUGGUCCUCGACCAGCGGCAUCCCCGCGAGCCAGCAACUCGCCCACCUUACCGCCACUCCCGGUAGCAGCAACAGCAGCAGCAGCGACGUGGAUGCCCCCCUCUCGGAGGAAACCAUCGCCUCGGCCCGCGCGCGCCUGCUGAUCGUGCACCCGUUCAACCCGCCGCACCUGAUGCCGUUGCUGGAGGUGGUUCCGGCCACGGACACCACCUCGGCCGACGAAACGGCUUUCGCACAGGCGUACUUCCGCGCGCUGGGCUCGAUCCACCGCCCGAUCACGGUUCAGCGCGAGACGGCCGGCUUCGUGGCCAACCGGCUCUCGUUCAUCCUGUUCCGCGAGGCGUGCCACCUGGUGGCGACGGGCGUGUGCUCGGCGCGCGACCUGGACGAGAUCGUGCGCGCCAGCCUGGGCCCGCGCUGGGCCGUCGCGGGACCCUUCCACAUGUACAACUUCGGCGGCGGGCCGCGCGGCAUGCGCGGCUUCCUCGACAAUAUCGGCGAGGCCAUCGAUGCCGUCUGGAAGGAUGCAGGGGAGCUGAGCAUGGACGACAACACGCCCGGCGGGUGGAAGGAUGUCGUCGUCGAGCAGACCGCCGCGGCGUACGGUGCGCCGACCCCCGAGGAUAUCAGGAAGCGAGAUAGGGGGUUGAGGGUGGUCGUGAAGGUGCAGGACGAGCUGGAGAAGGAGAACGAGAAGGACUAG